CUGACAGACACAGACGGAGUGAAGUGUCAGACGCUGUUCUUCUGACAUUUAACAACUUUUCUGCAUCAGGAUCAAAGUCAGAAUGAAAAUCCUCCAUUUUCUCUUCUUCUGCUUCCUCUCAGAUCCAGCUGUGCUCGUCAAGGCAACACAUAAUAUUUAUUCUGUAGCUGAAGGAGGAAAUUUCACAGCUUGGUGUGAAUUACGUUUGUCUGGAAACACAAAAUUCUUUUGUAAGGAAAACUGUGAGCGAGCAGAAGAUAUCCUCAUUAAAACAGAUAGAAGCACAGCUCAGAGUGGGAGAUACAGCAUUGAGUAUAAAGAUGGAUCUCCAGGAAGAGGAAUUGUGUUUUUGACCUUCACACACAUGAUCAAGUCUGACUCAGGAAUGUACAGUUGUGGUUUGGGAAGACCUUCUGCUCCAGAUUCACGCUAUGGUUUUGAGGUCAGAGUUUCAAACGAUCUGGCUAAAAAGGAUGUUUUUUAUCGCAUAGUAACCAAGGGAGAAGAGGUCACACAUAUAUGUUCUGUAAUGUUCUAUGGACUGAGGCAGUUCUUUUGUAAGAAUGAGUGUAAGAAUGAAGGGGAGAUCCUCAUUGACACAACUAAUAACAAAGCUGUAAGUGGCAGAUACAGCAUUGAAUACAGACCAGGAUCUAAACCUGAACUGCAUGCGACCAUCACACAGCUGACCAAGUCAGACACAGGACGGUACAUCUGUGGUUAUGGAAACCCUCUGUCUCCUGAUUCAUACCAGAGUUUAAAUAUUCUUGUCAUUGAUGAUUCAAACCCACCUACUUCCACACCACAAACAACAACACAAAUGGCUUCAAACGCACCUGCUUCCACUGAGCAGACAGCAACAACACAGAGUGAAAGUGUCACUGCAGGAGUCUCUACACAUUGUCCUGACUCCUCCUGGCUUCUGGUUGUGCGUGCGUCCUUGGAUGGUGUUUUGCUGAUGGCUGUUUUCCUCAUGCUCUUCUACAUUAGUAAGACAAGGAGGAACUUUGGACUGAACACCAGAGAAAAUGACACAAACAUGGAGUUAUCUGUCGGGUAUGAGAACUGGGAUCCAACCUCCAAACACGAAGAGUCCAAAAGCAGCAGGACCAAACCUACUCUGCAUUAUUAAAGACCAAAAUCUAAAAAGUAAAAAUUGAAUUUGGCCAUCUACUCUCCAGGGUUAUCUUUUCUUCCACGUCUGUUUCAUUUUGAUAUUUUUGGACCUAUAUCUGAGAUUUCAUGAUCGCCUCACAUAUAAUUUGCUUCACUAGGCUUCAUUUUGUUCCUGUUAUUCAAAUGCAUAAAUGCAUUGACGUACUUAAUUGCAGAGGUAGGAAGUACCGAAGUUCAAAUACUCCAUUACAAUGUUCAGGUAUCUGUACUUUUUUUCUGCCAACUUUAUG